AACGGACAGUUCACUUGAGAAGUAAUUAGUUGAGGGUUACAGUCGGGAGUAUGUAGAUCUACCAGUAAGAGUAGAUUUUACAAGUCACGAUAAUGCAGGAUCUACUCUUGAUACCAGGGAGUUGAAAUCGCCCCCACGCCACCUCCACUCACUCGGUCUCACUUUCUUUUGUGAAGCGAUCGCAGAGAUUGGCAAAACUAAAAGUGAUCUCUUUGCUCAGCUUGCAGAUUUGAAAAUGAAAGUGGGACACAUCAAUGACUAUGUGAACCAAACCAAGAACGCCAGCAGGGAAAUGACCUGCGCCGCGGAGGCGAGCAGGUGUGUGAGCUCUCUUUUUUGAAGAUCAGUCCAUAUCAGGCCAUCACUUCUGUCACCAGGUCUCUGCAUAUGCACUGCUGCAUGCUUUCCAGUUAGUUGACAAACUUCGUGGUGACGGUUUUGGCUUCUGUGACAGCCUUCACAGCUAGAGUGCAGAAAUUGUGCUGUAGAUUUCCAGUUAUGGCUUCCGUCGCUUCUCGAUCAAGGAAUUCUGGAGAUGAGCUCCUCUGGUUUCCAGCAAGACUGAUCGUCAACUCAUAAUUCACUCGUUCGAUCGAGAACCAGAAUUAUUCCCAUCCGCGAGAGCCGAUUCAUUUGUGUAGUACAUUGUAUUUUGUUUGUUCAAAUGUGACAUUCGAAGUUUGUCAUUUUCCGAAGUAAUUUCAGAGUCUAGUGCUGGUGGCUGAAGAUUUGACCUUCCCCAGGAGUGCUGAAAUAGCAGUUGAUCGUCGCAUCUGUGGGAUUGUCACGACCUUGGCUGCUCUGUCUUCAGCCCCUUGUCCUGGCUUCUGCUCUUGUGGAUGAGGUCUUCAGGCUGAGGUACAUGUAUUUACGAUGGGCAAUGUGCCCUCGGACACUCCAGCUCAUGCAACAGGUUCCCAGUCUGAUUCUUCCAUCAGUGUGAACUUUAAACGGACCAGGGCUGUGCGUCUCACGAACACCUCGGCACUGGUUAGUUUCGAUGGCGCUACAUCACCUGCAACGACCCUAGCUCCCAUUCGCCAUCCCAGUAAACAGGCAUCUUCAGAUGGGCCAGUGGAGAAAGGCGUACUGAAUGUAGGACAAUCGGGCAGUCGGAGUGAUGGGAUCCGUUAUGGCCUUGUCCUGGACAAGACACGUGGACCCCUGAAGAGAAAAGACUCCGCAAAGUUAACCGUAUACUUCUGUGGGAUCCCACCAGUCGAGGCCCAGGAGAAAUUCAAGCCGAGCCAGAAAUCCAAGUCGCCGGUGGUGGGAGAUUCGGCCACUGGAGACGUGUCGGAAGUGCACUUGUUUGAUGUUGUCAAGAUGGUCAACGCGUUCAAUGCGGCGCGAGGCAAUUUGCCAAUGUCGAUGAAGGAUGACAAGACGGGCUUCACCGGCUUUGUGGAAAUCCACUUGAACCUGGUGCACCCGAUAUCUAUACACCAGUCGACGAAUCAUAGUUCGGCGGGAAACCGCGGCAAUCUUACGCCUGGCUACAGUGGGGGCGCUAAGGGCGCGGAGAAGUCUGUGAUCUACCUCAAUGAUAUGACCACUAAGAUGGUGAUUGACUGCCACACGACUGCCAAGAGCAUCAUCGAGGGCCUGAUGGAGAAGUACCGUGUCGUCGACAACAUCUCCAACUUCGGACUGUUUGAGUGCGAGGGCCGGCGAGGUGGGCCGGGUGGCCGGCGCAUGGACAGCAAGGAGGAACCGCUGCUGCUGGUGCUGCUGUGGGGCCCCUGUCCGAUGCACUCGCUCUCGCUACAGCUCGUCAGCAGUGGGCGCAAGCGUAUGGACACGCUGAUACACUGGGACCGGUUCACCUACACGGAGCUGGGAAACUUUCUGAAAAUGCUCAACAUCGAGGAGGAAAAGUACGUCAGCAUCAUCAAGAAGAACUACGAGAUGAAGCGGCUGCGUAUCGAGAAGCUGAUACAGUCCAAGCAGGAUAGUUUCGACAUGGAGCAGGAAGGCGCAUCCAGUAGCAAUGAGAGUGAGACUUGACCACUAGUAGUAGUGUUGCGGCGUGCUUUGGCCUACAGCACACAUCCCCAAUGUGCGGCUGCCCUGCAUGGCAUGUCGGCUUUCACGCUCUAAUUCCUAUCCCAGUACUGCAGACCCGGACCAUGGGGUUCACCAAUGGGACUGCAGCGGAACAGCCAUCGUAUAGUGGCUCAGUAUCCGUGACCGUCCGCUUCCUCACGAAACACACUGCCAAUUGCAGGUAGCCACCGGUCUCUACUGAAACAUUCUCCGCAAUAUCUGUUGUCCACUGCUCAGGGACACGAUUCUGUUCCGUGUGUAUUUAAGUGUGUGCUGGUGCUUCUUUGACCUGGAACGUACAGCUCCAGCAGAGCACUCGUGUGUAGUUCGUUGCAGCCACACAGUAUUGGUCUCUCGCCGGAUCCUGAGAGUUCCUAGUAACAUUGAUGCCUGCACAACUCCAGUUGUGCUGGUGGGACAUCGUGCCUGAUGGAGUCAUGGGUGGCUGCUUACCCUUCUCCUACUCCACAUGGUGACAGGUGUGUGUGUGUGUGUGUGUGUGUGUGUGUGUGUGUGUGUGUGUGUGUGUGUGUGUGUGUGUGUGUGCGUGUGUGUGUGUAUAUGUGGACGUGCAUGUGUGCACAGGUGUGUGCACGUGUGUGUGCGAGCGCGAGUGGGCGUACUAAGGUUGCGGAUCAUCUGCCUCUUUUUUAUAUUUCGCGGAACAGCGGUGCUUCUCCGCAACCCUCUCCAUUUUCCCACUUCACCUUCUUUUUUUUACGGAUAUUGAAACAUAGGUUGAUUUGAGUUACGCAUCUGUGGUGACUUUCUUGACAGACCCCUCUCUUUUUAUUGAGUAGAGUGAGCGCAUCACAUCACUCCACACUAUCACAGUGUGCAACUGAUUUAGGGAAUUACUGCUUCUUUUAUUGAUUCCUGAAUUGUGUGUGGUGAUGGGUUGCUAAGCUAAUUUUUUUCCCAGACCGCUCCAGGACUGCGUGUAGAGAGUGCGCAGUUGGUCGUGCACUGUGUUCAUGCUUGUGCUCGAGUGUCCUCUGUCUAUCGCGACUAUGUUGGCUUGGCCGCCUUGCCUAGCCUCCGCGUGCCUGCUUUUCUCUUCUGCAACAAACUGCUUUGUCCCCACUUACUCCGUUCUUCAUCCUAGGCUUUUAUCCGUUUUGUUUGCCAUUGUCUGCCUUCCGUCUAGCUCACCCUUAUUUUGUGAAAAGCCCUCGUCACCGUACAGGGUGGUGUGCCCCUGUCGAGCUCUUGGUGGAUUAUGUUGUACAGUGUCGGCAUCGUGCUUGCUUGCUUGCUAUGGCCACGCACACACACACAGUUGCUCACUGCCAAAACUAGUCACGUGGGUCUCCCCGGGAGAGGGGGAGAGAUUCAAUCUUGGAACUU